AUGUCUGCACCCGCCACCGCUCCUCCGACCGAGGGGGCGCCGGUCCCCUUCUUCAUCAACGGCAAGGAAGUCCACCCCGAGCGGAGGUUUAAAGUCGUGGCCCCCGCGACCGGCGAGGUGGUCCAUGAGUCCGCCAGCGCGAGCGAGGCUGAUGUUCGCGCCGCCAUCGACACAGCCGCGGAUGCCUUCCGGACUUGGAAGAAGGCGCUGCCGUCGGUGCGCCGUAACAUUCUCUUGAAGGCCGCCGAGGUUAUGGAGAGGAGGAAGGAGGAGCUUGGCGGGUAUAUGAUGAUCGAGACGGGCUGCCCACGCCAAUGGGCCGACUUCAACGUGGAUGCGGCCAAGGAGCUCAUCCUCGACGUGGCCGGCAGGGUCGCCACUCUGGACGGCAGCUUGCCUACCACGCGCGAUGCGGGCACCGGCGCCAUGGUGAUCAACGAGCCCUUUGGCGUCGUUCUGGCCAUUGCCCCUUGGAAUGCCCCCUACAUUCUCGGCGUCCGCUCAAUACUGUUCCCCAUCGGCGCUGGUAACGCGGCUAUUCUCAAGGGGUCUGAGCUGUGCCCGCGGACCAUGUGGGGACUCUGCUCCGUGUUCCACGAGGCCGGCCUGCCGGACGGCGUGCUGAACCUGCUCUUUCACGAGCCCGCCAACGCGGCCGCCAUCACGCAGAUGCUGAUCGCCGACCCGCAGAUCAAAAAGAUCAACUUCACCGGCAGCACCAUAGUCGGCCGCAUCAUCGGGCGGCUGGCCGGUGAGCACCUCAAGCCAGUGCUCCUCGAGCUGGGCGGCAAGGCGCCGGCCAUCGUGUGGGAGGACGCCGACCUGGACAACGCCGCCGUGCAGUGCGCCCUGGGCGCCUUCCUCAACUCGGGCCAGAUCUGCAUGUCGACCGAGCGCAUCCUCGUGCACAAGGCCGUCCGUGCCGCCUUCGAGGCCAAGCUGACCAGCGCCAUCGACCACAUCUUUGGCGGCCAGAAGGACGCCCCCGUGCUGAUCAACAGCGUCGGCGUCACCAAGAACAAGAAGCUUGUCGAGGACGCCCUCGCCAAGGGUGCAUCCCUGCUGUACGGGGACCUGGCCGCCCAGGAGUCCACCCCGACCCGUAUGCGCCCCAUCGUCGUCAGCGGCGCCACCACCGAUAUGGACAUCUACAAGACAGAGAGCUUCGGGCCGACCGUGUCGCUGUACGAGAUCGAGACUGAGGAGGAGGCCCUGCGCAUCGCCAACGACACCGAGUACGGCUUGUCCUCGGCCGUGUUCACCGAGGACUUGCGGCGCGGUUUGCGGUUUGCGAAGGAGAUCGAGACGGGCGCCGUGCACAUCAACAGCAUGUCGGUGCAUGACGAGAGUGCCCUGCCCCAUGGUGGUGCCAAGGCGUCUGGGUAUGGGAGGUUUAAUGCCGGGUUGGGCCUGUCGGAGUGGGUGCGGACUAAGACGAUCACGUUUAAGUUGUAG